AUUGAAGCCGAAGUUGCCAAACAGAAACAAAAACUCAAAGCGACAACAACAUCGUGAACUUGGUGAAAAAAAUUUCAAGUGCAUAACUUAAUUGAACCUUUAACACAAGUUAAACAGUUUAUAAACAAAUCUUAUAAAAAUGGUUAGACGUGGACGUUCUGCAAGCCCCCCACCAGCCUCAAGAAGGAGUGCUCCUGCACCAGCACCAUCUCAAAAUGUCCCAGCUCGCGCAGCUCCUCCAGCCCAACCACCAGCACCCGUGCAGGCUGCUCCCUCUGCUGUAGGAGCCCCACAGCAGCCAUCCAUGUUCCAGCAAAUGGCUGCAACGGCCGGUGGUGUCGCUGUAGGCUCAGCCAUUGGACAUACUGUCGGCCAUGGUCUUACCAGCCUUUUCAGCGGAUCCGGUGAUAAGGAGGCGGCAGCACCAGCACCCGCCGCUGCUGCACCAGCUCAACAAUACGGCUCGCCGGCAAACGAACCACAAGGACCAUGCAGCUGGGAAAUUAAACAGUUUUUGCAAUGUGCUCAAGGACAAUCGGAUUUGACAUUGUGCGAAGGUUUCAAUGAGGCCUUGCGUCAGUGCAAAGCUCAACAUCAUAUCUAAAGUUUAAGAGCAGCAGUAUAUUGUUAGAAAAUUGGGGGAGAUUUAACAAAUUUCCCAUCUGUAUACAGCGUUCCUCUCGAUAUUUUGUGGAUUGAAAUGUUUUAAUUUCUUGCACUUAAUUUUCAUAAAAAAAGAAGAUGUAUAUUUGUUGAGUUUAAUAAUCAGUUUAAUAUUUUAGUUAAACAAAUUUUUCGUUUUUAAAAAAAUAGUUAUUAUUAUUGUAUUUUUAAUUUUACAAUAGUUUUUUGUUCUAUAGAAUAAAACAGAAAACAAACAAAAAAAAAGGAUAUGUACUAAAAUCAGAUUUAUAACACAUAAUAAAACAUCGAAAAAGGGGUAACAAUGGUGGUCCGAGAACAAAGCAUGCAUUCAUACAUAUGGAUUGCCUUACCAUUGCUCGUGCAAAGUUUAGUCAGAA